GUGAUUUUUCGUUGCUAGAUAUUAAUGCCAGUUCUGGACGAUGAAUCACUUCAUUGGUUUCCGUAUCUCGUCAAUGUCCAGCAAAAAAUCACAUAUUUGCUUGACAGUCUACCUUCAACUAGUGAGGCGGGUCAUAAGCGCAAAUCAAACCUCUGUGAGAAAUUGUUGUCCAAAUUGCAUGAUAUUUUUAAACUGGAGCGCAUGAGCGUUGUAGCAGUACCAAAUUUU